GGCCUCGAGAUGGGGAAGAUGGCGGCUGCGGUGGCUUCGUUAGCCACGCUGGCAGCAGAUCCCGGAGAGGAUGCUUUCCGGAAGCUUUUCCGCUUCUACCGGCAGAGCCGGCCGGGGACAGCGGACCUGGGAGCCGUCAUCGACUUCUCAGAGGCGCACUUGGCUGGGAGCCCGAAGCCCGGCGUGCCCCAGGUGGUCAGGUUUCCUUUGAAUGUGUCCUCUGUCACUGAUCGUGAUGCCAGUAGGGCGGGACUUGAACCUGUGAGCAAGUGGCAGGCCUAUGGACUCGAAGGCUAUCCUGGAUUUAUUUUCAUUCCAAACCCCUUCCUCCCGGGGUGCCAGAGGCACUGGGUAAAACAGUGCCUUAAGUUAUACUCCCAGAAACCUAAUGUAUGUAACCUGGACAAGCACAUGACUAAAGAAGAGACCCAGGGACUGUGGGAACAGAGCAAAGAGGUCCUAAGGUCUAAAGAAGUGACUAAGCGAAGACCCCGAAGUUUACUUGAGAGACUGCGCUGGGUCACCCUGGGCUACCAUUAUAACUGGGACAGUAAGAAAUACUCAGCAGAUCAUUAUACACCUUUCCCUUCUGACCUGGCUUUCCUCUCAGAGCAAGUCGCCACUGCCUGUGGAUUUCAGGGUUUCCAAGCAGAAGCGGGGAUCCUGAAUUACUACCGCCUAGACUCCACGCUGGGAAUCCAUGUGGACAGAUCUGAGCUAGAUCACUCCAAGCCCUUACUGUCCUUCAGCUUUGGACAGUCUGCCAUCUUUCUCCUGGGUGGCCUCAAGAGAGAUGAAGCCCCCACCGCCAUGUUUAUGCACAGUGGUGAUAUCAUGGUAAUGUCGGGUUUCAGCCGCUUGUUAAAUCAUGCGGUCCCUCGAGUCCUUCCACAUCCUGAUGGGGAGUGCCUGCCUCACUGCCUGGAAACACCUCUCCCAGCUGUCCUCCCUAGCAAUUCAUUGGUUGAGCCCUGUUCUGUGGAGGACUGGCAGGUGUGUGCCACCUACUUGAAAACUGCUCGAGUUAAUAUGACUGUUCGUCAGGUACUGGCCACAGGCCAGGACUUUCCUUUAGAACCUGUGGAGGAGACAAAAAGAGACAUUACUGCAGAUGGUUUGUGCCAUCUGCAUGACCAGAAUAGCCCAGUAAAACGGAAAAGAUUAAAUCCUAACAGCUAAAACUUAGGGUCUAGAUUCUCUUCUUACUCCAGCAGGCUUUUGUUGCCACACACAAGGGCAGGAAGAAGUCAUCUAUCAUGUUGCUGCCUUGGGCCCAUCUUAGAGCAUAAACUGAUUAGAGUUUGUCUAGAGAAGUAUCCUACAAGAUCCAGUUCUAAGCUCUUAAGAGGAGUGUGUGUUUCUUAUACCAGAUCGGUAUCAUGAUCCACAGGGACAUCAGCAUCUGAGGGAGGGGGAAGUGUGUAUGUCUGUGCUGAGUCAGCACCUCAGCUUGUUGGGAAAUAGUGUUUCUCCCAGCACUGUGUGAUUUAUGAACCAGCCACCAGAAUUCCUAACUCCUCCUAGUCAUCAAAUUAAUUCUUCCACUCAUCACUCUGCUCUCACAGAGGAAUCUUAAGCAGAUGAAGACAAUGGAAUUAAAGUAUCCCUAGGAGCCACGGUUGUCAGUUGAUUGGUAGAGCACAUGCCUGCCAUGCAUGGAGCUCUGGGUUGAUAUCCAGUACCUCGUAAGUCAGGUGUAGUGUAUGCCUGUUUCCUAUGCUCUCCAAGGGUAGAAGAUCAGACAUUCAAGGUCAUCUUGAAUCUAUUGACUCUUCCUAGUAGGUUUUUAAUUUGUUUUAAAUGACUAAAAGUCUCUAGGGUGUUUUGUUAGAUGUUUCUCCAUGAAUAAACUUACUCUAUUUUAAAUUAAAGACCUGAAUCUGUCUUUGAGGGUUGGUGUAUCAAGCAUUCACUUUUUCCUCAUUUUAUGUGUUAUAUCAUUCAUGCUAUUGAAGUCUUUAGUUAUUUUUCCCUUAAGUAUUGUGUUGUGCCAAAAGAAUGUUCCUUGACCCUCUCUUCACUGGUGUCAAAAAUACAAUGUUAUCUCCAUGAAGGAAUUUUGGGGAUCCUUUCUAGAAACUGGGUGUGUCUUAAAUUGGGAAACAGGGAUUAGCUGGAAACCACUGCUGUCUGCUGCCUUUGAUUUGUUUUGUUUAAUUUCCAUCUUUCUCUUUAUCUGCACUUGAUCGUUGGGUUUUUGUGAUAACAGCCGGUGUGGCAUUUUUUAAUAAGAAAAAAAUUAAUAGAAAUCUCUUAUAUAAGCUGCAUUCUAAAAUUACUGUAUGAUAGGAAAUAUUUAUGUAAUUUGCCUUUGGGAAAGUUCCUUAACUUUUCUUUUGAUAGUUCAUUAAAUUUGACCCACAUGAAACCAACAAGCUAUUUUUCUGUUCUUGUUUUGGUAGACCCAACAAAAUUUCUCGGUGCCAUUAAAGCAGACUCUUUAGCUGUGCUGUGGUGGUACAGGCCUUAAUCCCAGCACUCAGGAUGUGGAGGCAGGUGGAUUUCUGAAUUCAAGGCCCCCUUGGUCUACAAAGGAUAGCCAAGGCUAUCUCAGGAAACCCUGUCUGGGGAGCGGAGGGGGACCCAGACUUUAUAGAGUAUCAGAUAAAGGCACUAAGUGGCUGUGGGGAGGGUUCAUAAGAAUAUGCUGUGACAUAAAAUUCUAUAAAGUUCCAACAUACAGAAUUAAUUUAUUAAAUGAGGGGCAGCUGGAGAGAUGACCCAGAAGAACCCAGGUUCAGUUCCCAGCACCCACAUACAUGACAGCUCAUAAGUAUCUGUAACUCCAGGGGAUCCAACACCCUCUCUGGUCCCCAAGCGCACAUAUGACACAGACAUGAAGAGGUACAAUACUCAAACAUAAAAGGGGGGGGCAUGUUCUAAAGAUUUUAGGAACAAGUACCUUUAUUUAAGAGUGCAAGGUUGGUGGAGAGUCCUACAGAACCUAGAAGAUCUGAUCGGCACCUUGACAGAAAAGUUUAGCCUCCUGAGAAAAUGCAUCUGGCCGGGCGUGGUGGCGCACACCUUUAAUCCCAGCACUUGGGAGGCUUGGGAGGCAGAGGCAG